CACAUACUUUUGGAGUUAUAUUGUAAAAAUAAAUUUUUGGACAUGUUGACCUUUGACGAAACCUUAUAGGACUUCGCCAGCUCAGGUUAUGUACAGAAUAACGGGAGUUGCGAUCAAAGUACUAUAUACAGGGGCAUUUUCGCCCCUUUCGUCCUACGAAAUUUAGGCCAAUUUAAAACGGGCGAAUUCACAGAAUACAAUAUAAUUUCUUAAACAGAACGAUGAUAUGGUGAAUUUAAAAAGUGGCAAAAUUGUUUGCAAUUGUGAAUGAACGAAAACAACAUGAAGCGAAAAUAACCCUGUACAGUAUCUCUCAGAAUAUGUAUGAAAAAGGUACUAUAAAAUUCUUUUAAUGAUUUUUCUAUUGGCAUUUAGUACUAGUAAACUCUGAUUCAGGUGGGUGUAAUUUUCAAUCUCUAUUCUAAAAUCUUAAAAAACUUUAUUCAAGGGAUUUUAUUUAUUUAUGUUUGGGCAUUUAGUUGCGGAUUGAUAAGCAAUUUUACAGAUUGCAGGAAUAAAUAUUGGUGGUUUUUGAAGGAAAAACUUCGCAUUCUUUAAUAAUCAUUCGUUACACAGUAAUGAAAAGCAUGCAUAGACCGUUAGAAAAAGUCCAGUAUCUAUAUCCUAAAAGCAUCACAACUUCCUUCAUUACAGAUAUACAUGUAUGCAGUCAGAUUGGUUUAGGGACAGGCAUGGAGAGUGGACUAAGUUACAUUCGUUCAGAUAAGGCCUCCUCAGCACCUUACACAACAGUACCAAAACUCUUACAAAAAUGGGCGUCUCUGAAACCAGACCAAGAAGCUUUCGUGUUCUACAACCAAGACCUAAUACGGAGAUCGAUUACAUAUGACAGGCUUUAUAAGGAUUCUGUUAAACUGGCGAAAGGACUUGUACGUAAAGGCAUUGGGAGCGAGGAUAUCGUGGGAGUCGGAGGAAACAAUACUCCAGAAUGGCUGGUGAGCACUUUUGCUGUACAACUAGCAGGUGCCCGUCCAAUUCAUUUCCCCUUCUUGGACAAGGCGGGAAAAGGAAUUAAGGAUUUGUUGAAUAGUGUUGGAGGUUGUUCGAUGUUGAUUUUUGACCCAGGACAUGAGGAUAGCCACUGGAAAAUAAUCCAGAACCUUGCUACAGUUGAUCCAGAAACAGGCUCUGUUAGAAAGUCUGAUGUAGCUUCUCUUAAAUGGGUAGUACUGGAAAGUCCCUUGGCUACGUCGCAAAAAGUUCUGACAAUCUCUGAUCUUUUUUGCGAUGAGGAAAUUAAACUACCUACAAUAGAUCCCGAAGACAUUGGAGCUAUUUUAACGACAUCGGGUAGCACGGGGCGUCCAAAACCAGUAGAAUAUAGCCAUUAUUACAUUAUGCAAAAUGGAAAAAGAAUGGCCAAAGGUGGGGAUGUGGAUAGUUUAAUAGAAAAAGGGAAAUCAUUUCUAUAUUUUAACGACCGACCAUUUUUUUGGUCCGGGGGAUAUCCAUGGAGUGCAAUCAUAUAUGGAGGAACACGCAUUACUCUUUCGACUACACUGGCAUUUCCGUCAAUUUCCGACAUGAUCAAUUUUUCAUCCAAGAUCAUAGAGCGAGAAAAACCAAACGCAGGCUUAUUUAUGGUUCCUUUUCUGCUAGAAAUCAUUUCGAGGGAAUCAGGCCAACUUGUACCAGAAAAAUGUUUAGAUGGAAUUGGAAAAUUUUAUGACGUCGUUUGUAACCUUUAUGGAACCACAGAGAACGGAAUAUUGGCAACAGAAUUUCAUCGUUCGUCUUCUCUUUCAUUCGGGAUGGUUCCGACUGAUGGAAUGGAAAUUAAAGUCGUAGAUGCUGAUAACAAGAUGCUUCCCCUCGGAGAGAAUGGUGAAAUACUUGGCCGUAUGUGCCCUUCGUUCAGGGGGUACUUAAAGAAUGAAGAGCAAACCAAGAAAGUACUCACCCAGUCUGGGUGGUAUAAAACAGAUGAUUUUGGUCACAUUACUAAAGAUGGUCGAUUGAAAAUACUUGGAAGAGUGUCGGACAUGAUGUUGAUUGCAGGAUCUAAUGUCUUACCAUCUGCCAUCGAAUCUAUCAUAAGGAAACACCCAGGGGUACAGGAUGUUGUCGUUUUCCCAAUUAAAGAUGUGAAGCAUGCAGACGAUAUUCCUUGUGCUGCCAUUGUUAGGAAGGACGGAGUGAAGUUUAACGAAGAAAGCCUGCGUGAGUUUGUCCUCAAAGACUUAAACAUCGACAACGAGGCUGUUUUUCUCGAAAAUUUAUUUGUUCCCAAAUACAUUGUUUUUCAUAACACGGAUCUGCCAAAAACACCAAAUGGAAAGACGGACAGAAAAAAAACUCGCGAUUUGUCCAUUCCUUUGAUCAAACAAAUUUGA